AUGAGCGCUCUGCAUAGUCUGCUCCUUGCGACUAUCAUUGCGUGGUCCACGAAAGUGGUGAUCUCCAGAAUACUGGCUGUCCGAGCUGCGAUUCGGAGUCUGAAUGCUCCGUAUGGCGGACUCCUCGUCUUCAAUCCAUUUUACAGCCUAGCAAUGCUCGCUGGACGCAUGCGUUACCCAAGGGAACAAAAUAUUGGGUCGUGGCAGUCCAAGUUUACGCCAUAUGCCCGCCAGCGCUCGACGUGUGUUGGUGCAGUUAUCCUUAACGAUGCCAUUCCCAUCGUCUGGUUUUCGGAUGCUGAGGCGAUCAAGUACAUUACUUCUGAGUCGGUUAUGUUCCAAAAGGACUCUGCAGCGUACGAACCCCUCAAUUUCUAUGGAAUGAAUCUCGUUGGAACAGAAGGCGCUGACUGGCGACGCCAUCGCCGUAUUUCCAACCCAGCAUUCAACGAGACUGGUAAUGCCUUCGUUUGGAAAGAGGCUAUUCGCGUUGCAAAUGAGUGGUUUGCGCAGAUCGAUAACCGCAUGCAAGGAAACCAGCCACUUGUGAUCAAUGCAAGGGAAGAACUUCUCCAGGCCGCUCUCCUUGUCAUCUCAUCUGCCGGGUUCGGUCGCCGAGCCUCUUGGGCAGAAGAUGGUCCCGUUCCCCCUGGCCAUACCCUCGCAUUCCGUCAAGCAGUAUCCUCUGCUGUCGACCAUCUUCACGCCAAGGUGCUGACUCCCGAUUGGUUCUACGCACUCUCCGGCCGCGUAUACGUUCCUCUCGUUGGGAACGUCGCGCGGGAUACCCGAAUUGCUUUUGAAGCCGUGCGAGUACAUAUGCAGGAACUUGUUGGACUGGCGCGCGCAUGGGUCAUCGAAGGAAAGGUUGGAAACAACAACGAGGCGGCCUUGUUGCGCAAUCUAGUCGAAGCUAAUAUGAAUGCGCCGGAAACGGACGACGGGGAAAUGGGAACGAAGACGUUGGCUGAGGAUGAGCUGCUCUCGAAUACCUGGGCGAGUAACAAUCAGUUUGAUCUGAGAGCUAAUGCUCAUUUCUACGCAGACGUUUUUACUAGCUGGCCACGAGACAACAGGUCACACUAUGACAUUCGCGGUCGGGUUGCUCGCGUUGUACCCCGAUGUCCAACAAAAAAAUCGCCAUACAAAGAAACCGUCCCUAAACUAUCGUACACAAUCGCGGUCAUCCAUGAGACCUUGCGACUCUUUCCCGCUGUAAUCCGCCUCCUCAAGCUCGUUCGUGAAGAUGCAAUCAUCCCGUCCUAUCGUUUCCAUUUGUCAGCGUCGGGCACACCCGAAAAUUUGCAACAUAUAACUGUUCCCGUGCAAGCCGGGAGUCAAGUCAUGGUUGAUAUUCGCGGACUACACCACAACCCGAUGUAUUGGCCCGAACCCGAAGAAUUCAGACCUGAGCGCUUUAUUGACACAGAGUCGUAUCGCUGGCCUCGAGAUGCUUUCUUGGCGUUCUCUGCCGGCCCGAGAAACUGCAUUGGCCAAAGGUUUGCGCUCACGGAAGGCGCAUGCAUACUUGCGUCGCUUUGUUCGGAACUUCCAGCUUGCCGUUCCAGAACGUUUGCGGGGGUUAUCGGUGGCGGAACAGAGGGAGUCAUUGAUGGCAUGGGGACCUGGAAUUACGAUGCAGCCUUUGAACUGCUCUGUUGA